AUGCCACAAGUGACUAAAGACAACGUCGCUACAGUUGUUAUUGUUAGUGAAACAUUUAAGGACCUUGCUUUACCAGAGAAGCAUGAAAUGCCAUCUAAGGCCGCCGUGGAGGAUCUCAAGGAAUCGGAGCAGAACUUGUGGCAGAUGAUAUUUUCCUGGAGAGGUUUCAUUGUUCUGCUUAUGCACGCCGCCUACGUCAUUCACGGUUUCUCGUUUUCCACUGUGCCAAUUGCUUUAGUCUGUAUGUGUGGACCUGUAGCGGCUCCAAGCAGGAAUGCUCCAUCUAACACUACCAGCUUUUUCAAUACAUCAGGGUAUUCGAAUUCAACUGGCUAUGAGGAUGGAUUGCUUUUGCAGGAGAAAAAGUAUGAAUUUGACUGGGACUCCAAGACCAGGGGUUUUCUACUCUCUGGCGUUUUCUUUACCAAUUUCCUGGCACCAAUUUUGGCCAGCGCUUUGAGGGGUUACCUUGGUAACAGAGUCUCUUUGGCACUUUUAACGAUGAUAGCGGCGGCCAUGAAUUUCCUGUCGCCAGUCACAGCUAGAGCCAAUGUCUACAUCUUCUUGGCUGUCAGGGUGCUGUCGGGAUUUGUUCUUAACUCACACAUGCCUAUUACAAGCGACACCAUGGCCUGGUGGCUACCAGUGUCCGAGAAACUGACCAGCGUCUCCUUUGUAGUUGCAGGUUGGUAUGUAUCUGGUUCUCUUGGACCGCUUGUGUCUGGCUAUCUGUGUCUAAUACCGUUUGAUGGCGGCUGGCCGUUGAUAUUUUAUUUUAAUGGUGCAGUAGCAAUACCGUGGAUAAUUGCCUGGUUGCUGCUGAGCUCCCGAAAGCCUGAAGAUCAUCCUUUCAUUUCACAAAAGGAGAAAACAUACAUCACAAGUAAUCGUGUUGGACUGAGUCAGGAUACAGCAAACGCUCAGACCGCUGAAAGACCACCAUAUCGAAGAAUUUUCAGCUCCGUUCCCGUUAUCUCAUUCAUCGUGUCAGCGGUAGCCGUCUUUUUCAAUGUCACCAUAUUGGUAACCUGCAUGCCUGUCUACAUGGCCAGCCUGCUCAAGUAUUCUCUACAAGAGGUUGGUAUCAUCAUGUGUGUGGCAUGGGGGAUGCGUUUUCCUCUAGCAAUAGCAUGGUCUGCCUUUGGUAACUGGUUGCUACGGUUCGAAUCCAUCACCUUAAACAGGGCCAGAAAAAUCUGCUUCUUUCUUG